AUGCAAGAACAAGAACGUUUUGAACGUUAUACACCACAGUUUCCGUUACCAGUCGAUAUAACAAGCAUGUCUCGUCAAGAUACUGUGUGCCAAUUUUGUGGUGUUUCUUAUUUAAUUCAUAAUGAAAUAAAAGCACUCGAGACUAAAUGUCAAAAACUUGAAGCAGAUUUAGCUUAUUAUGCUGGUAUAAGUUCUCGUGAAGGUGCCCUAGAACAAUUAUUACAAACUGAACGAACACGUAUUUCUGAUCUCGAAUCGACUAUAUCCAUUAAAACUCAUAAACUCAAUGAAAUGACAAGAAAACAACAAUUAGCACAAGAUCAAUUAGAACAAUCCAAAAUUGCUCAUCAAGAAACAAAAUUGGCAUAUUCACAAUGUACAUUCAAUAUACGAGCAACAUUUCAUCAAAUACAAAAUAUUCGAAAAGAACAUUCAUUAUUAAAAGAUCUCUACUCAAAAGAAAUUCAAAAUUGGAAAACAUUUUUUUCAAGCACUGAAGCGACACUUCAAAAAGAAAUACAAACAAUCAUGGAUAAAUACACUAAACAAAUGAAUAAUCAUCGAAUAGAAAUUCAAGGAUAUCAACAACAAGUCAAUGAAACAAAUAAAUCUUUACGAGAUUUUCAAAUUAAAUAUCAACAAGUACAACUUGAAUCAAAAGAAUCCAAUACUAAAAUACAGAAUGAUUUAGAAGCAGCUCGAAAAGAAAUCCAAAUUAAUCAAAACGAACUUUCACGUUUACAUCAACAAGUAUCACAAAUCGAACAAACUCGAUUACAGUUACAAAAUGAAUUAGAACAAGUAAAACAACGAUGUCGACAAUUAGAACAACAAAUAUCAGAUAAAGAUGAGUCAAAAAGAAAUGCCGAUCUUCUCAUUAAUCAAUAUCGACAACAAUUAACAAAUGAAAAAGAACUACGAAUAAAAACUGAUUCUGAAUUAGAAAAUGUUCGAUCAAAACUUGUUAAAUUAACAAAUGAGUAUGAAGACUUGAAUACAGCUAAAAAAGAAUUUGAAACAAAUGAAUUGAAUACUCGACGAAAAAUAGAUGAAGUUAGUCGAUCACGACAAGCUAUUCUUGAUCGUACAAGAGAUGAAUAUGAAAAAUUACUAAGAAAAUAUAAUGAUCUCGAUGAAGUUUAUCGUGAACUUGUUAAUAUUCGAGAAAAAAAUACUUUAGAAUCUGAAACAAUUCGCCGUGAACUUGAACGUUUACAUAAUGAAAAUAUUGAACUAACUAAACAACGUGAAACACUUAAUAUCACACAUGAUAUUCAAAUUAAAAAACUUCAUGAUACUUAUGCUAUUAGAUUACAGGAAGCUGAACAAUGGCCUGAUCGUUUUCAAACAGAUUUAAAUCAUCAACGUGAACAACAUCGAAUACAAAUGAUGGAACUUGAACGUCAACUUAAAGAAAAUUUUGCUAUUGAAUUAGAUAUUGAAAAACAAAAAACAAGUGGUCUUUUACGUAAAUAUGAACAAGAUAGUGAUCAUUCAACACAAAAACUUCGAUAUGAAUUAAUUUCAACUGAAAAAGUAUCUAUUGAACAACGACAAUAUUAUGAACAACAAAUUGAGCAACUUCAACGAGAUAAAAAUGAUUUAAAAAAAGAAUUAGAUACAUUGAGAGAUGUUUUAAAAGAAUUACAUGACCAAACUAAUAAUCAACACGCAAUAAACAAUGAUCGAAUAAAUCAUUUGCAGUUAAAAGAAGAUUUAUUAGCGAAAGAAACAAAUCUUUUUCAAGCACAAUCAACUAUAAAUGAAUUGAAAAAAGAAUUAGAACAAGCACGAGAAGAAAUGAUAACUUUACAAGAAACUGUACAUAAAGAAUGUACAGAACGUGAACAAUUAAAAGAUGCACUUAUCGAAGCACGUCAACAAUUAUUAACAAUGAAAAAAAAUGGUGUUCUCAAUGGGAAGACGGAUCGAUCUCUUCAUUCUCCACCGGUGGCUUUUGAAGAAAUCGAACGACGCAUCUCUGGUCCUCUUCCAUUUUCUCAUUCACAAAAUCAACAAUACUCAUCUAUAGUUCAUAACCAAAAUACUUCCUUCAUUCAAUCUGAACCAUCAACACAUGAUAAUAGUUUACCUGGUGAUACUGCUGAUUUGAUGGCUCGACCAAUGUCAUCAUCUCAUAGUGUACCAUAUCGUCAUAAAACUUUGCCACCUAUUUAUCCACAACAGCAACAACGUCGCAAUGGAAGUAUUCCAUCAACAAAUAAAACAGAGCAAUUACUGGAAAAUCAACGACGAAUUGCUCGCUUUAUUAAACAUAUUAAAUAA